AUGCUAGCUAGGUUAGCUCAUUGGGCGGAGCCCUCCGUAGCCGAUCACGGACCCGAAGGGCUUGUGAGCAUUUUGGAGGAAAGAGAUAUAGAUGUAGAUAUCGACAUUGACAUUGACAUUGCGGAAGGCGGCUACAAUAACCAUGUUAAAAGAAAAGCGAAAGGGUUUCAGAUUCGAAAGUGA